GUCCAAACAGGAAGUUUAAACAGCACGCUUCAUUCUUAGCCCACAUGAUCACACGUUACAGCUGCUGUCGUCAGUGUUACACAUCGUAAAUGCCGACGACUGAGCUGCCAUGAUGGCAGGAGGCCGGCUGAGCUUCAGUAAAAUCACCGCCCUGGCUCCGAUGGUCCGGGUGGGGACUCUGCCCAUGAGGCUGCUGGCUCUGGACUACGGAGCUGAUGUGGUUUACUGCGAGGAGUUGAUCGACAUCAAAAUGGCCCAGUGUCAGAGGGUGGUGAACGAGGUGCUGGAGACGGUGGAUUUUGUCGCCCCAGAUGAUCGAGUGAUGUUCAGGACCUGUGAGAGGGAGAAGGACAGAGUUGUCUUCCAGAUGGGGACUGCUGACCCGGACAGAGCGCUGACAGUGGCCCGGCUCGUGGAGAAGGAUGUGGCCGCUAUCGAUGUGAAUAUGGGCUGUCCAAAAGAAUACUCCACUAAGGGCGGGAUGGGAGCUGCUCUUCUGUCAGAUCCCGACAAGAUUGAGGCGAUCCUCAAGAAGCUCGUCACAGGAGUUUCCAUACCGGUCACGUGUAAAAUCCGAAUCCUUCCAUCGUUGGAGGAGACGGUCAGUCUGGUCGAGAGGAUCGAGAAGACGGGCGUCGCUGCUAUUGCUGUUCACGGCAGGUUCAAGGAGGAGCGUCCCCGUCACCCCAUCCACUGUGAUUACAUUCAGGCUGUUGCUCAGGCUGUUUCCAUCCCUGUUAUUGCCAACGGAGGUUCUCUGGAUCUGGUGAAGACUCACUCUGACAUCGAGGAGUUCAGGAAGGCGACGGGCGCCUCGUCGGUCAUGUUGGCUCGUGCCGCCAUGUGGAACGCUUCAGUGUUCAGGAGUAAGGGACUACUUCCUGUGGAGACGGUCAUGGAGGAGUACCUCAAAUAUGCGAUCCGGUACGACAAUCAUGUCUUCAACACAAAGUACUGUCUGUGCCAGAUGCUGAGAGAUAAGGUGGAGUCUCCUCAGGGGAAGCAGUUGCAUGCGUCUCAGACCAACGCAGAAAUCAGCGAGGUGUACGGGCUGCAGGAGUUUUACCAGCAGACUGAGGAGCAGCUGCAGGCCAGGAGGGAUGCCCCGCAGAGCAGCAGCCAGCCGGACCGACUUGUGAUGGACGGAGACGUCGCCACCAUGGCCGUCAAGUUUGAGCGGAGAGAGUAUCCUCCUCAGAUCACUCCCAAGAUGUUCCUGCUGGAGUGGAGCCGCAAGGAGAAGCUGGAGCAGCCGCAGUAUGAGACGGUGCAGCGCUCUCGGGAUCGAGCCUUUCAGUCGACUGUGACUGUAGCAGAGAAGAAAUACAGAUCUUCACUGUGGGAGAAGUCGAAGAAAUUUGCCGAACAAGCAGCCGCCAUCGUCUGCCUGCGAGCUCUUGGAAUACCAGAGGGUCGCAUUAGUGAGGAAGACUCCGGCCUGGUCUGCAAGAGGAAGAGGGAGAGGAAGAUGAAUGGCACCACAGUGGAGGAAGGGAGCAAGAAGCGACAUCUGGUGGAUGGUAUCCAACAGGAAACAGACAACUCAAAGACUGCUGCAGUGGCCAACGGUGACCAUCACAAACCGGACACGCCUCCAGAACAACUGUAGAGUUCAUGAACAGUUAAAAACAGGAGGACGAGAAGCUUCUGUGACCACUGACGGACGUUUGGGUGAACUGGAAAAAAAAAUCAAGGGAUUUUAAAAAGCAACUUUAUUUGUUUAUUUCUCUGCACCAAAAAGCUCCUCAGUUCAUUUUUGACCUGCGUCGUCUUCGGUCCAUACGUUUAUGAUAAUCCUAAAAAAUGAACUUUAGGUUUUUUUUGCUCUCAAACUCAAACAGCAGCUGCUGGACUGAAUUUUCCAUCCUUUAAGUGAUCUUGUCCUCUGCCCACAGUGUAAGGAGCUCCUUGACAUCAUCGUUCUCUUAAAUUGCGGACAUAUUCAGCCACUGUAAUUCUUUGUCUGAGUUAGCUGCUAACUGCUACCACCUACUUUUAAGGGGCUGUACACAUGCCACACAUUUCCACCUGGAAAAUGCGGAGUCAGGCACUGGGUGCUACUCUUGUGCCUACUCUUUCAGGGCUCAGAGGCAAGGUUUGUCUGACGUUGCUAAGCGACCAUAACAAGCACCGUAUCAUAGGCUACUUACCUGAAAUCCAGAGUGCUGAGCUGAUCUUCUUCCAGGAGCUGUUUGUGUGUAGACAAAUGUGAAGCUCUGGCAGCUUUGCACUAACAUGAUCAACUUCUCUGUAUUUAUCACGGACUGAAGAGAAAGAUAUCUGUCGGCUGUGAUUGGUUGGUCCUCGUCACAUGACAUGCAGUGUGCACUGCUGCGUUCCAAAAGUUAAACUCUGUUUAUCUCAGGGUGCACCACUGAAAAAUAGCCACCAUGGAACGUGUGUGCCACAUGUCAUGUGUCAUGUGAUGCUUAGCUCUAGUGUUUGAGCGCGCCUGCCGCACAUCUACAUUGAAAACAGUGAAUUUGAUGGCGCAAAAAACACGGCAUGUAUACGGCCCCUAUUUCCCGCUCGUUGCACGUAUAACAUGUCAAUAAAACAUCACACCUGUGCCACCCAUGAUCCAGUCCUGCCGGCUGCCCCUUUUAUACAGACAUUGUUACGGGGCUGUUAAUACAUCAGCUGCUGGCUUACAGGCGAGACAACUCUGUCCCCCCAUUCUGUGAUCAUACAUUUUAUACAGAAUGGUGAGGCGGAAUAAUGGUGUUAUGUUCCAGUUUGAACAGGCUGUGUGAAAGGGGCUCCUGUGACUCCUGUGACAUGUUGACCAGUGUUACAAAGAAUUUCUUCCUGCCUAAAACAUAGGAACACGCCUGGUCUCAGAAAAAUGUAAUUAUUAUCACAAUGUGUUUUCAGCGUGAAUGUCUCAAAAUAAUGAGAAGCUUUUGAGACAGUUUCACAUGAAUGACUCGCAGGAUCUAAUAUUUUUUCAUCACAUUGGCAGAAAUGUUCAAACUGGGAUCUGCCCAGUGCAUAUUACAGUCUUCCACUUGGUCUGAUGGGAGAGACUCGGCAUUUUAAGAAUAAAAGCAUUGUUGUUUUUUAUCGCUGGUAACUGAGAUGUGGAUUUGCAGCCAGCAGGAGGCAGAGCUGAACCUUCACCCUUUCAGAUAUUUCAGAAAUUAAUUUUAGCCUUGGUGCCUUAAAAGAAGAACUUUUAUUUUUAAAUCCUGAUUCUGGAUGGACCUUAAACUCAUCAUGUGUUUCUUGAUUUCAUCCUUUAGUCUCUGCUGUACACGACUGAUAUCGUCUUAAGUUUAACUGGAUUUGUCGUCAGUACGGUUCACUGAAGUAGAAAAUAUGGUGCCAUAAAUUUCAGUUUGUACCCACCUCUGGGUCUUAUCUGUAAAAGCGUUCACUUGAAAAACCCUCCACCUCCUGCAGACACUGUUGGUUUCAUGCUGUGUUAUAAUAUCUGAUAGUGUAGCUGCAGUCUGAUGGAGUUAACGUCUUAACUCAGUAUAUUAAAACCACAUGUAAGAGACAAACUGUUGCAUUCAGGUGACGUGUUCCUUCAUUCUGAUGAACAAAACCAGCCUGAGCACAGCGAUAAAAUGAUUACAUGACAGGUAUUUUAAUAAUAAUUAUUAAUUAAUAUUAAUUUUAAUUUAAUGCAGCCUUUGAUCUGAUGCAGUGGUGGAAUAUAAUUAAGUACAUUUUAAGUGCUGUACUUAAGUAUACAUUUGAGGUACUUGUACUUUAUUUAUUUUCUUUGCAUGCCAUAUUAUACUUGCCCACUAGAGGGAAAUAUUGUGCUUCAUUACAUUAAUGUGACAGCUUUAAUUUCUUUAUAAAUUAUGAUGUUACAUACAAAACAUCCAAAGAGUGUCUAAAAUAUUAAUUAAAAUACAAGUACAGCUGAAA